CCAAGGAGGGGUCGCCCAACGAGUCCCGGGGCCUCCGCCUCCCCCCCCCCGGCGCCCCGGUUUGCCGUCGGCCCUGGGGGGGCAGAAGGAGGGUCGUUUCCGCUCGGCUGCUCCCCGGCGAUGGUGACCCCGGAACGGCGGGCGCCGCCGCUCCCCGCAGCGGUACAAGGCUCCCGCCCGGGCAAGAAUGUGCAGCUGACGGAGAACGAGAUCCGGGGCCUGUGCCUCAAAUCCCGGGAGAUCUUCCUGAGCCAGCCCAUCCUGCUGGAACUGGAGGCCCCCCUCAAGAUCUGCGGCGAUAUCCACGGCCAGUACUACGACCUGCUGCGGCUCUUUGAGUACGGGGGCUUCCCUCCCGAAAGCAACUACCUCUUCCUGGGAGACUACGUGGACCGGGGCAAGCAGUCGCUGGAGACCAUCUGCCUGCUCCUGGCCUACAAGAUCAAGUACCCGGAGAACUUCUUCCUGCUGCGGGGCAACCACGAGUGCGCCAGCAUCAACCGCAUCUACGGCUUCUAUGACGAGUGCAAACGACGUUACAACAUCAAGCUCUGGAAAACCUUCACCGACUGCUUCAACUGCCUUCCCAUCGCGGCCAUCGUAGACGAGAAGAUCUUCUGCUGCCAUGGGGGGCUGUCCCCGGACCUGCAGUCGAUGGAGCAGAUCCGGCGCAUCAUGCGGCCCACGGACGUCCCGGACCAGGGCCUGCUCUGCGACCUGCUGUGGUCCGACCCGGACAAGGACGUGCAGGGCUGGGGCGAGAACGACCGCGGUGUCUCCUUCACCUUCGGCGCUGAGGUCGUGGCCAAGUUCCUGCACAAGCACGACUUGGACCUCAUCUGCCGUGCACACCAGGUGGUGGAAGACGGCUACGAGUUCUUUGCCAAGAGGCAGCUGGUGACGCUCUUCUCGGCCCCGAACUACUGUGGCGAGUUCGACAAUGCGGGUGCCAUGAUGAGCGUGGACGAGACGCUCAUGUGCUCCUUCCAGAUCCUCAAACCAGCCGACAAGAACAAGGGGAAGUACGGCCAGUUCAGCGGCCUGACUCCCGGGGGCCGCCCCAUCACCCCGCCCCGCAACUCUGCCAAAGCCAAAAAGUAGCCCCACCUUCCUCCCCCGACCCCAGCUCGGGACACAGGGGCUUGCGGGGGUCGCGGGGGGAGGUUGGAAGUGGGCACAGGCAGUAGGCACGGAGUUGUCGGGGGUGAGCACUGAGGCCGGGAUCGCGGAGCACUCGGGGGAGGGGGGAGAAGGGGGAGCAGCGGCCUCCUCGCCCUCUAGUCUUUUUGAAUAAACAUCAACGCUGGAUUCUCC